GCUGCUAUUAGGACAGUGGUGCAGAUUCACAUGUGUGAACCUCCUGGAGACAUACUUGUUUUUCUCACUGGAGAGGAAGAGAAAGAAGAUGCAUGCCGCAAAAUAUCUAAAGAAGUUGCAAAUUUGGGGGAUCAAGUGGGCCUUGUCCCUGUGAAAGCAGUACCAUUGUAUUCUACUCUUUCCCCAGCUAUGCAGCAGAAGAUUUUUGAGCCAGCUCCACCUCCAGUAAAAGAGGGAGGCCCCGCUGGAAGGAAGAUUGUGAAUGAUUUGUUUGAGGAUAGCCUUAGAGCUGCAGGAAUUCAAGGAGUAGAAGCCGUCACAAAGUUGUAUGUUUCCAACUUGGACCGUGGAGUAACCAAUGAAAAUAUAAGGGAACUUUCCUCUGAGCUUGGAGAAUAUGGCACCAUUACUAGUGCUGUUUAGAUGAGAGAUGCAGAUGGUAGGUCGAAGGGUUUUGGUUUUGUCAAUUUCGAAAACCCAGA